CCUCCACCCCCGCUCCUCCUCCCCACAUGGACUCAUCCCGGACCCAGGCACUAUAAAAAGUCUGCUCUCGCUGAAGUUUUUCAGUCUCAUCACGAACUCCACCAGACCACCAUCAUGAAAUUUGUUGCUCUCGCUCUCGCGCUUUUGCUGGCCAUCGGCUCUCAUGCUGCUACCCUGCAGGCUGAUGCACCCAACCAGCUGGCCCACGUCCGGGCCGCUAUGGAUGUGUACCUGACUCAGGUGAAGGACAGUGCCAAGAAAGCCCUGGACCAGCUCGAUGACACCGAGUACAAGGAGCUCAAGACCCGCCUGUCUGAGCGCAUCGAUGACAUGCACACCAAGCUCAGGACUCUGCAGGGCGCCGUCUCCCCCGUCACCGACAACGUCGUCUCCACCAUCGCCGACGCCACCGCCGACUUCCGCUCCUCAAUCAUUACCGACAUCAACAACCUGAAAGCCCAGCUGGAGCCCAAGCGCAUCGCCCUGAAGGAGGUCAUCGACAAGCACAUCGAGCAGUACCGCGUCACCCUCGAGCCCAUCAUCAGCGAUUAUUCCGCCAAGCACGCCGCCGACAUGGAGGCCCUGAGGAUCAGGAUGGAGCCCAUCGUGGAGGAUCUGCGUAUCAAGGUGGCCAACAACGUGGAGGAGACCAAGGCCGCCCUGAUACCCAUUGUGGAGGCCGUGCGCAGCAAGCUCUCCGAGCGUCUGGAGCAGCUGAAGAUGAUGGUUAGCCCCUACGUCGAGGAAUACAAGGACCAGAUGAAGGCGGCCUACGACCAGGUCCAGGGCGUCAGCGCCGAUGACCUCACCGCCCUCAAGGAUAAGGUUCAGCCUUUGGCCGAGGACAUCAAGAUAAAGCUCAACUCCAUCUUCGAGCUCGUCGCCGCUACUAUUAACAAGCACUAA